UCGUUGAAUGGAGCGCGUGUGGCGAAGAGUACAGGGAGCUGGGCGUCGCGGCGGUGGUAAUAGCGGCGCUGUGGGACGUUGUGGAUGUCCCACGCAGCCAUGUCAGUUGCACGUGGACCAACGAGCAAAACGUGGCGGCAGUGGUUCUGCACGCAAAUCAAAAGGACCCCAAACUAUUGUUUGUGGAUGUCAAGUGCAGCCAUGUCCCGUGCAUCCUGUUUUGAUUAGAGUUCGAAGAACUCAGCGACCUCCUCCCACUAGCUGCGAUUGUCCAACAGAGUCCCAACCCUGUCCCCACGCCGCUUCACGGGUUACUGUUUCGCGCCGGGUCAGAAGAUGCGACUGUACAGAGCGUCCAUGUCGUCAUAUGUCAUCGAGCACUCGACGUCGUCCUCAGGGAUUUUCAUCAAUGCUACCAUUGAAUCCAGUGGUACGAAUUAUAAAUCCAAUGAAUUCAUGUGAAUGUCCUGAUAAAACAAAUUGUCCUCACAACGAUGAAGAUUGUGAAUGUGAAGCGCGACCAUGUUGUCAUACAAUAAAAACACGUCGUCCACGUCGUUCUUGUGAUUGUCCAUCGCAACCAUGUCCACAUAAACCAAUUGAGGGACGAAUAAAACGUGUAAAAUGUCGCGUGAGACGCGCUGGUUGUGCAAUGGCACGUUGCACAGCCGAAUUGGCAAUGUUACAUUUACAUUGGGAACUUGCAUCAGAAUGUGCACCAUGUAAACCACGAGCAUUAACAAGAAGACUUUGCCGAAGACAACAAAGUGACAAUGAAUUAUAUCGUAGUAAUAGCUUUAAAUUUGAGCGUUUCGAAAGAAAUAAAGAUGAAUGUUCAACGCCACUACGAAAACAGAUUUCUUUGUGCGACGAUUACAGUCUACCAGUGGAUUUUGUCAAUAAACGUCGUCCAGUUAGUGCUGCAGCAGCUACAUCGACAGUUCAAUGGGCCUUACCAAGUCCUACAAUAGACAAAACAGAAGUUGAGGUUGUUGAACAAUACAGUGAUCCUAGAGACAGUAAAACCAAAACUUACAUCGAUCCAGGCGCCGAAUCACCUCUACCAACGAUUUACAGUAAAGUGAAUCGUAACUAUUGUCGACCCUACACAGACCCAUCAGCUUCGGGUUCGUCUUGCGAAGAUGAGGAAUUAGGAUUGUCAAGCAACAGAAGGCGAAAAAAUCUUAAAAAUUCCACGACAUUAAACAAACUAACAAAUCAAGAAAAAGACAAAUACCCAACAAAUAACAGUAGUGUUGUUGAUUGUGUUGCCUUGGUUCAUCUUCCGGAUCAAUCACCAACAGAAUCAACACAACCAAUUCGUCAUCCCUCGCCCUAUUACUACGGAGAUCUUUUCAAAGUUCCGGAACAAUUUUCACGUACUCAGCCAAAUAGAUAUCGAAAGAGUGUGAGCCUCGAUGUACCCGAGGAGCAUUCAACGGUUCCAGGAAUUCACAAGAGAAACUCAGUAGCUGGGGAUAGCACCCCCUUGAUUCCUCAACAAACUCAGGAUUUAAUCAGUCCAACAUCUACAAGCGAGCAUGUUCUACCAUCGAGAAACGAAGCCAAUAGCGUCGUCACCGAAUGGGAUCAGUCCCUUAUGCCACCCAAUAGACUUUUGAAUCAUGAUCUAUCAACUAAUGUAUGCACUUGCAUUGCUUCGCCCGAAGAGGAUGAGCUAGAAACGCCAAAGCCGCAAAUACAGCGGCAAAAAAGCCGAAAAUUUCGUCGAGCAAGAAAAAUUGAUCCACAACCAAUUCUCAUUGAGGACGAUAACGAUCAGGAAGGUGAAGACGAGGACGAGGAAGAAGAAGAAGAGGAGGGUGAGGAGGGUGAGGAAGAAAUGGCAAGACAACGUCAACUCUAUGAGACUGCAUUCGACUGCAAAAUCAGCAGAUCGGAUGAUGAUCUCGAUGAUCUUGAUCGGGUGACAAAUCAUCCUGUUCUACAUUCGCAAAUGCGAACAAGUAAUACAGUGCCGCUAUCUAGAGCAAGUUCACUAACAGAAUCGUCCAAACAGCCGCAGUGUGUACAAGUUCCUCAUUCCGGUUCUCAAGCAAAUAAGGACCAUCGUCGAAAAGUAGUGAUCCUCCGCCCAAAGCCAAUUCCGAGUCGUCUGAAUCAUCAGCAAUCAGACAAUAUCUCAAAUUUGUCCCAGGACAUUGAAUCCCUCCAAAUAAAUUCAAGUGACGAGAAGACUGGAUCCCCGAGAUUACCGACUCGUGGCUACACACCAUCACCGCCGUCCACGGCGCCUUUGCCUGCUAAAUUCCAUGGGAACAGAGAUAAUCUCUUACUAAACAUACGUAGUGCACCCAAUUUGCCUUCUCAGCCCGACCAUCCGAGAUUAAAAGACAUGAAAUUGCCGAUAAAAUCGCUAAGAGCAAAGGACUCACCCCAAAGCAGCGAAGGCAGUAUUCUCGAAAUUAAAGGACGGCCAAAGAGUUUUGUUUCCGAAUCAACUGAAUCGCGUCGUUUCGGCAAAGAUCUGAUAUUAGAAUUUAAAGGCAGGCCUAGGGAAGAAAGACAACGUCCACGAAGUUUAAUCCGCGAGAGUAAACCCAUAAUGGAAUUUAAAGGAAGGCCCCACGAAUCGGAAACUGAUGCACCCAAACCAAGAAGCGAACAAGGUUUACUCGAAUUUAAAUUACGUAACAAUAGACGAAGACCCGGUUAUUCGAGUACUGAAAGCAUGGCAACCAGCAGCAGUGGCGGAAGUAUGGAAUCACUACGUAGCAGUACUAGCGAAGGGAACAGAUCAACAAGCAGUUCUGAAAGUCGUCACAGCACAAGUCUCAGUUCCCACAGUUCUGACAGUGGCACUACAAAUUGCUUCCACCAUCAUCAUCACCAUCAUCAACAACCAAAUCUUUCCGGCUUUCUUACACAUCAUGCAAAUAAAUUACACAUCCUCUCUCCCAUCUCAGAUAAAUCAUCACAAGAACCAGCCUCCGAAACAUCGGACAACAAUAAAAACAAUAAUUCCCAAAAAGCAUCGCCCGAAGAAAUAAUAACUGAAAUUGUUACAAAUACAAACGCGACAACACCAACCGAUACAUCAUUCAAAAAACGAAGAACGCCACAAAAUAAAAAUCUUAUUAAUUUAGCGCUUCAAUCAUCAUCGUCGGGUGAUGCAGAAAUACAAGGAUCGGAUAGUGGAAUUUCGAUAGAGUCACGAACAGGUAUUAAGUGUAAGCCUUUUGGCUUUCACGUACCAAAACCUCAAUUGGAUAACAUCAAUUUGGUAGAUAACGAAGCUGAAUUAUCGGAUUUGCCAUUUGACAUGCCAAAGCUCCGUCGUAGGAGAUUACUUAUGCAGCAGGAUGCCACAACUUCAGGGAGUGCAACUAGUGUUGAUUUAAGAGAUUUGCCAUUCGAUAUGCCUAAACUUAGGAGAAGAUUGCGAUGUACACAAAGCAAUGAAUCUAGUGCAUCGCAAGCGUCGUCCAGUCUUUCUGUUCGUGACUUGGAACCGCCAUCUGCAUUUGGCGGCGGUUUGGCGAGACCGAAGAUGACUCUGAAUUUGGAUGGCAGUGGAAAUGGGGUCGGAAACAUCUUUGGAGUAGGAGAAAUCAACCAGCUUGGAUCAAAGAAACCCGGAGGAUUAAGUCUUGGACUUCCUCUGGAGUUAACAGCAUCAAGAGGUGCAGCCGAUCUUGUUGAUGUCGAUCUUCCAUUGGAGAGACAAGGAUGGUAUCAUGGAUCUAUAACUCGCAUUGAAGCAGAAGCAGUACUUCGAUUAUUACGUGAGGGAAGUUAUCUUGUAAGAAAUAGCGAAUCAACAAAACAAGAUUAUUCCUUGUCUUUAAAGAGUGCUAGAGGAUUUAUGCAUAUGCGUAUUCAACGACACGAGGAUUUAAACGCCUUUAUCCUUGGACAAUUCAGCAAGCCAUUUGAUACAAUACCGGAAAUGGUUCGUCAUUUCAGUGUGAACCGUCUUCCAAUUCGUGGGGCUGAACACAUGUGUCUUCUACAUCCAGUAAUUGCGCAACUUUUAUAGCGCAACUAUCGCAGCGCUCUUUAAAGGCGCUACUAUUUAAAAAACAAAAAUUUCCUUUCUUGUCAAUGAACAAUUCACCUUUCUAAUAUAUUCGAUAAAAUUUAUUGUUCUUGACAAUAUAUUCACAUUUCAAAAAAAAUUAAUUAUUAAUAUAAUAAUUUAAUUAUUAAGAUAAUAAUUAAUUAUUAUAUAAAUAUAUUAUAAGCAUUGCUAUAAUUGUUAUUUAAAAAAAAACAAACAAAGAACAGAUUCGAUGAUAAUUCAGGUUACCGAAAUGUUGCCUGAACAAUAGGACAAUAAUUUUAAUCAUUCGCAGCAUGAGCAGAUUAAACAAAGAAUUGAAUUUGUCAACGGUAGAUUAUAUUGAAGGAAAAAGAAAAUCGAAAUAAAUUUUUUGAAAUUAUUUUAGAAAUAUUACUCAAGAUAUUUUAAAAAGUUUUACUAUAUUUUCAAUAUAGGUUAUAAUAUAUACAUAAAUAUAUAUAUAUAUUCUAAAUUUUUAAUUUAUUUUUUAUCACUGAUCUGCUCGCUCAGUUUUAACGAUUUGUCGAUUUUGAAAUUUUAUCUUUGCAAAAUAAAAUGAUUAUAGGAAAAAUUUCAAAAUUGACACUGUUGUUAAUAAACAACCACACUUUAUUGUCUUCCUUUGGCAAAUAGAACGAAACAGCUACCUCCGAAAAAUUUAGAAUCGAGAUAAAUUUUUUCCCGAUUAUUCGAAGGUGGAUUGGUUGUUUGUUUCAGUAGACGAUUAUUUUUUAAGGGCAGAUAGAUAAGUUGUAAAUAAAAUGUUAAUCAGGGUGCGUGUAAGUUUUGAGAAUGAAAAUAAGAAACCCCUCCCGUUGUAGUAACGAGCCGAAGGAAUGUAGAAAUUUAGGUCCAAAAUAUUUAAAAAAUUGAGAAAAUUGUAUCUUCAAAAAAAAAAAACUUUUCGGAUUUGUUAUCUAAAGAAUAUAUUGAAUAGUGAGGGAUGAAUUUUUGAAAUUAAGGAAACAAUUGGUUUUUUUUUAAAAAAGAGGAAUUAGAGAUACAGAUGUGUAUAAAUUGCGAUGAGAGAAAUGCCAAAUGCUACUUCUAAUCAUAAUCAUAUAUAGUCAAACACUUAAGGCGUCGUCGCUAUAAAGUGAUAGAAUUACGUAAAUUUAAUCGAUCGAGAGCUUCACUCUCAAGAUUAGCAUUUGGUUCGUGUUCCAUUUGUCGAUAAGCGAAAUUGAAAUUUAAAAAAAUGAUCCAUUUAUAAAAUGAAAUUCAUCAAUGUCCAAUAUCGAUUUCGCUUAAAUACAAAUUAUUUUGAUGACUUCCUUUUAUUAGGGAUGAGUCAUCCGUCCGAAUGUUUGUAAUAAAGAGGAGAUUUCUCGAACGAGGGCAACUGAUACAUAUUUUUUCAUGUGAUAUUAAUUUGUUACAGAGAUAAAAGCCUAGUUUCACCUGUGAUCUGUUAUUCCAUUAUAUAAAUCCGUAUCUGUUUGGUCAGUGCGCGUGCAAUAUCUGUAUCCGUAAUUAAUUUUUAAUGUUAAGUGCGAGAAUAUAUAGAGAACGUCCGUGAUGUAACAAUAAAGAGAAAUUCGCUUUUUUAAAAAAGUAUAACUAAAGUAAGAGAAAAUGUUAAAUUUAUCUUAUGUAUUUUUUUUGUUUUUGCACAUGGCGCUCUCUUUAUAAUAUUUGUUUGCGCAUCAGUGAAAAUAUUUUGCUCAUUUUGUUUUUAAUUUCAAACGUUUAUCCUUUUUUUUUUAAAGUUGUAAUUAGAAUUACUUUCUAUUAAAUUUUUUACACUAGAAAAAAAUGGAUGAACGUCACUGAUGCUAGUUUGAAUAUAUAUUAUAUAGUAUACACAAAACACACAUUGUACUUUAAGCUGCCAGUAUUAUUAAUUGUAAUCGAUAAUGCAUAUCCGUGUUAAGAAUUAAGACAUUAUAUUGUCCCUAUGAGCGAUUAUUGAAACUAUAAUAAUCAAUAUAUAACUUUAUUUUACAUUAUAUUUAUUGAGACAUGUCGUUAGUUUAUGAUCGUGAGGUUCUAUAUGUUGACUUAAUCCUAAGAUCGUAGAGUUUGUAGAGAGAAUAAAAAAAAAAAAUAGUUGGUAAAAUGUAGUUGGUAGUAAAUUUAUAAUAUGGUGUCGUACGUUACAUGGUAGAACUAAUUUGACUAACUUGUAGAUACUUCCCGUACCUUGAAAUUUAUAUGAACUUAUAGCCUGUAACUGGGAUAUAUACGAAUAUAAAUACGAUAAAUUUAUAAAUAAUGAGUAAGCCUAGGGCCGCAGCCUUGGAGGGAAUGUUUUGUUCUCGAUUUAAAAAAAAAAAAAAUACUGAUAAUGAUAAAUAACUGAACUGAGUAUGUUCGAUUAUUAAAAUCCCAACUUAAAAUUUAAGCGGAUCCUGACUCGUGGGAUGUGCAAUAAUUAAGAUCAUGUGCGAGUGAAUAUUUUUAUUGCUGCAGUAGGCCGCCAACGUUCCAAAAAGAAAACAACUACAUUAGUUAGUAUUAUGUAUACUGGGAUUCCUUCUUAUUAAUAAAACAUUUAAUAAUUCACUGUCAA